AUGGAAAAAAUAAUCAACGUAUUAGAAAAUCAAAUUCAAAGCAAUGUUAUGAAAGCAAGUUCUAUAACGCAGUUUUACAUUGAAAACAUUCUUCACUUGAAUGAAGAACUAGAUGGUACAUACCGAAGACAAGCGAAUGGAUUUUUAAAAAAUGAUGAAAAGUAUCCCAAAUCAUAUACCGCCAUCAUUGCUCAAGCCAUACUUAGUUCAAAAGAAAAAAAACUUCCUCUUGGAUGUAUAUAUGAAUAUAUUAUCGAGAAUUUUCCACAGUUUCUUUCAAAAGGCAAAGGAUGGAAAAACUGUGUUCGUCAUAAUUUAUCGUUAAGUGAAUGCUUUAUAAAAGUUGGAAGGGCGCGUAAUGUAAGAGGAAACUAUUGGGGCAUACACCCAAAGUAUUUGAAAAACUUUUCAAAAGGCGAUUACCGUAAAAAAAGGUUUAACCAUUCCUCAAAAAAUCAUAUUUUUACAAUCAAUGGUUCAUGCGCCCAUUUUCAAAAACGCAACUCGAUUCCUUAUUUACCGGAGAAAAUACAGUUUAAAGACAAAUUUCAUAAAACUAUAUAUUGA